UCUUGGCCAUGGCACCGAAUGUGCUGUCGCAGUGUGAUCAUAGCAACGUUCACGUUAAAGUUAAGCAAAAUAAACACGCAUGUUACAAUGUAGUUGUUCUAAUAACAAUUCCUAUUCCUAAUGUGACUGGGGGGGUCAGCUUUAUAGUGCAGUUUCGUGACGACGUUUAUUUUAGUGGGUGAAGUUAAACAGGUGAUCGUUACGUCAAGGACUGUUCGCAAUGUCUCGAAACUUUUCUAACCUUGGAAAGCCAGACAUUCGCACGUAAUUAGUCAAGUUUCGCUCUCGAUAUGUUUUUUUUGUUGGGGUUGGGGAGAUUGCUGGAGAAAUCAGGCCUGGCAGUAUUUCUGAAUAGAAAGCAGAGUUAACCUCGGUAAGACAGGUCGGCACAACAUCGAGGGCCGAAGGGCCUGUACUGUGCUGUUAUGUUUUAUGUAAAUACGGUUACCUGCAGAAAUGCAUAACUUCAGGAGUUGGAGAGGGGUGGGAAUGGUUAUCAGUGGAAACCGGAGUUUUGCGCAAAGGAGCGAAGAAAUGCACGGACAUUUCGUCAAGAGGCGACGGAAAAGACGUUGAUUAGUUCCACCGGGAAAAGAACCAGCGGCAUUAGGUGAAAAUUGAAUGCACCAGGUGAUUAGGAAUGUCCUGAUGAUCGAAACACUCAAAAGGAAACUGGAUAAAUUCUUUAAAAGAGAAAACGUUGCCGGGGUCUGAGAAAGACGAAGGUAUUCUGGGACUAACCUGAAUCGCUCUAGCAUGGAUCGAAUGUCCUUUAUAUCCUUUGCUACUAUAAUUAAAUUGACGCGAUAACGUUGGGUGAUACCAACUUUAAAGAGCCGCAAGUUAUGCUAAAGAAAAAACUGACAUAAAAUAGAAGGAAAAAGAACAUCUAGUGGAUGAUAUUGCUCAUGUUCCGCUGAUCUAUUCACAACUGGUAGAAUGAAGCUCUGGGUGUUAUUUGGGUUUGUCCUUUUAACCCUUCUGUCAUCUGGUUACCACAUGGCUAUUGCCCAGAAUGCAGUAGGUCACUGUGGUUCCAUGUCUACAAAAAUCUUGAUUGCCAAUGUCAAUUCCAGCCACAAUAUAACCUGCUACUUUUGUGGAUCUGAUGCUGCUGAUCAGGUUGAAUGGAAAUAUGCUGGCAAUCUCCUCCCUAGCAGCUACUACACUAAGGUCACCUCCAGUGUAAGCAUGGUGUCGCUGCAGAACCUUGGCCUAACCAGCCGGGAAGGAGAAAAUUUGACGUGUACAUUUAAAACAGAGUCUUACACCGCAUCGGUCAAGACUGGAUAUCCCCCUGAGGCUCCUCGGGAUUUGGAAUGUGUAACCCAAAACUUUGGUAAAAUCAAGUGUUCUUGGAAUACGGGAAGAGACACAAAUAUAGAAACAAACUACACAGUCUGCUCUUGGUUACCAGAUAGCUGCAUUGAAGUGGGAACUAAAACCUUCAUUGAGCGUGACUUUGUUGCAUUUCAAGAUUUACAAUUGCAAAUAAUUGCUGUUAACAAGUUAGGCAUACAGACAUCCGAACAAUUUCGGAAGGUUGAACACGACAUCGUAUUUCAACCUUACACACCAGAACUCCUCAAGGUGUUGAAAGGUCCAACUGACUUCCAGCUAACUGUGGAAUGGAAUGAAGGUGGCACAAAAUAUGGUGUAGGUUUAGAACUAAUCUUCGAAAUCCAAGUCUUCCUCUCACACACAAUGCAGGAGGUCUGGACGGGGAAUUACAGUAGCACUGUGGACAUUUCCCAUGACAAGAUCCUGCAGUUCAACUGGACCUCAGAUAUGCCCCUCCAGUGCACAGCACACUCUGUGAGGAUCCGUGCCAUUAGCGGUGAGAGUGAAAUCCUGUUUUCUGGCGUCAAAGCUUGGAGUGACUGGAGUCCUGCCUUAACAAUUGAAGGGCUAGACACAUUUAACCAAACGAAAGGUAAAAUCUAUCCUGUGGAUGGUACUGUUCUAAAAGCAGGAUCCAGCUUGACGUUUUGUUGUGUAGCUGGUCAAGGAAAAAGAAUUGAUAAAUUGUAUUUCAGUGACUUGAAUGCAACAGUUAUCGAAUUAAGUGACAGGAGCCAGGCCAUCAAGGUACAGAAUGUCACCCCCUCGAUAGAAUCUGGAACAAACGUUAUUUGCAUUACAAACGUGCUUGUGUAUGAAGGAGCAGUCAUAUACAUUGGCUAUCCCCCUGAUUUGCCAAGAAAUCUCAGCUGUGAAACUCGUGACUUACAAACACUAAACUGUACUUUCGAACCAGGGAGGUCAACUUCAUUAGUCUCAAAGCGUCGGACUAGAUAUAGUAUCAUCGACAGGUCAUCCAAGAUCACCUCACCAUGUGAAGAAGCUUCAAAGAUCCACCCGCAUUACUGGUGCAGUUUUCCAAUUUCAAAUGGCAAUGAUAUAUAUAAUCUUUCAGUACAUGGUAAAAACCCACUGGGAGAAGCUCAGUCGCAUAUAACAGUGGAUGUGACCCAUGUGUUUCACCCUUAUGCCCCUCACCAGCUGAGGGAAGAAGCCAAAAUAUUAACGAGUCUCAACGUAUCGUGGUCAGAUCAAAUAGAUUAUACUGGGAUCACACUGCUUUGUGAGAUGGAGAUAAGAGAUCAUUUGGGGAGUAGUAACAUGUCAUAUAACUACUCUGUGAUUGGAGGACUUAAGGAUGCAAGACACAUAGUAACAUUAGACAAUUUGAGACCUAAUACAAGAUAUUCCAUUCAGGCUCGUUAUUCUGCUCAGCGUUUUUGGAAGUGGAGUAAAUGGAGCAAUUUGAUCAAUGUUGUAACUGAACAAGCUGCUCCAUCAACCAGCCUGAAUGUCUGGAGAAAGAUUAUGCCAAACAGGACUGUGACUAUUUACUGGAAGCCACUUUCAGAUGCUGAGGCGAACGGUCACAUUUUAUCCUACAAUGUAACUUGGAUGAAGAUAGGAAGCAAUUCGUCAACCACAGUUGAGAUGUCAAUGUCGAGCAUAGCAAUAGAUCUCGAUGAAGCUGCCUAUGUAAUUACAGUUAUAGCACGAAAUAGUGCUGGGACAUCACCGCCUUCUGUGAUUAGGAUCCCUCCACACACUAACGAUGAACACGUAGGCUACAUCAAAACCAGUGGUACUGGAGACGGAUUUAAUGUGACUUGGCUGAGGCAGGAAGUUGAGAACUGUGGAUACACUGUAGAGUGGUGCCAAAACUUGAGUAACUCUACUUGUAAUGUGGACUGGCAGAAAUUUCCUUCAAAUGUUACAAGCGCCAUAAUAAAAUCAGAUAACUUGCAAGUUGGAGUACUGUACAUGCUUGAGGUUCACGAGUGCAGGGAUGGUGGAGAUUACUUACUGAAGAGGCUGGUCGGGUAUACACGUGAACUGGCCCCAGCUGAAGCUCCGAAUCUGGAUAUUGAGGAAACCACUAGUGAUUCAGUACUGAUCAAAUGGAGUGACAUUCCUGUGGACAAACAGCGAGGAUUCAUUCAGGGCUUCAAAAUUUAUUACAGUAAACUAUACAACGAAUCAGCAGCUUUCAAGCCUGUUGGUGGUCAAAAGCUGAACACAAAUAAAUUACUACCAAAGAUCAUAAACGAUUCUGCUACACGGACAUUCAAGAUCGGGGGCCUUGAGCCUGGGACAGCAUACCUUGUGGCACUGCGUGCCUACACCAGAGGAGGGGAUAGUCCCAGGAGAGAUGUCACAGUGACUACACCAAACAGCCCUCUUGCUGUGAUUCUUGGGAUUACCCUGCCCCUUGUGGGAAUUAUAACACUGGGAGUCAUCCUCAGCAUCUUCUGUUACCGAAAACAAGAAUGGAUCAAAGAGACAUUUUAUCCUGAUAUUCCUGAUCCAAACAACAGCAAAGUUCUUCAGGAUGGAACCUUUCUUCAGGGUGUCAACUCGUGCAAAACUCUCGAACCAAAGGAUUGUACACCCAGUGAGGUGCAGGUUGUCGAAGAGAAGCAGAUUGGAUUUGAGAUUGAGAAGGAGGUUGAAGUGGAUGAUGAGACGGAGGUAGUUCCUGAGGAUAUUUCUGAUGCUGAGACCCAGAGUCAAGGUGUCUUAUCGUAUGGUCCGCACAGUGCACCUGCUGAGACUUCAGGAAAAGUUAACCCAGCAUUUGAGGCAAUGGCCUCCCCAACCAUCUAUCCCAGUGAAGUAAUGUAUACAAGUAUACGAGGUCCUGUCUACCAACAACAAGAGGCACCAGGGACCGGUCCCGGGACCGAUGAGAUGGAAGUGAUUGUCAAGUCAGGCUAUCAACCUCAGGUCCAUGGAGGCAUCGCUCCCACACCAGUCAUGGAGCAGUCUGAGGUGCAGGAACUAAUGCCUCGAGUUAAUGGCUAUCAACCACAGGCCCACCGCCAGUCCUGGAGCCUAGAUUCUGUAGAGUUUCCACCACCUGAGACUGAUUCCAUUGGCAGCCCAACUUCCAUCAAUUCCCAAGCAUUCUUGAUUCCAGAGAGGAUGCUGGGAGCGGAUCAUAGCUUAAGACCGGGUGUCAAAAUGUGGUCCCUGCCCUUUUUCCAGAAUUCCAGAAUGUCUUUUGACUCCAACGACAGCUGAAGAGAGACACUGGGCAAGGGAAGGUUUGGAUACAGGAGAACCUAGGUCAAACCCUUGCCAUCAGUUUGUGUCUCAUUUUUUGCUCAUUGUGAAUCCCCUGCUCCUCCCCCGGGAAACUAACACUAUAGUGACUUGGAAUGUGGCAGCCCGCUCCAUGUGGACUGGGAAUGGCCAGCAGCUUGUUUAUUAUUUUCACCUCUUCUCAUAGUUCAGAGACUGAAACCAGAUGAAAGGGUCAAAUUGCAGAAAGCUACCAAAGGGGCAGAAGUUUGUAGCGGCAUUAAACCUAACUGAGCCCUAGUUGACACAUCCCUGAGGAGAAUGGAGUUUGAUUGCUGUUCCCUGCCACUGUAUGUGCUAGAACCAACUUAAGGAGCUGAGUGGCCUAUUUCUUGCUCCUCUAUGGAAAUAUUAUUUCACACUAGAGUUACACAAUUUAUUAGCUGAAGAGAUUGACGACAACGCAAUUAUAUUUUAAUAAAAUAUGAUCAGACUGAGUUGAUGCAGAUGUCAAAAGUGGUUCUAACUGUGGAGUCCUGGCUUGUAUCAUAAAAGACUCUUGUCCAAGGCACCUGAUAAGCUCUGAUUUUGCCUUUUGUUGAGGAUUAACGAGAUUGGAUGGAUUCUGUCUAAAACAAGGCUAAUGGAGAAAGUUGUCCUAUUUAAUCUGAAUUUCAGACGUGCAUGCUGAUGGGGGGAAAAAAAAACCUCUGAUUAUGGCAAUACAAGCUUCUGUCUCUACUCUGGCCACCUCAGUGGAUCUACUUUGAUUACCCUGGCUUCAUUUCAAAUUGACUUGGUGGGUUGACAAACUUGAAGUGAUAAGAAUUGGGCUACUACUUGUGGCUCACUACCUCACAGCUUUUGAUUCCAGACAGCCAAAGCCUUGCUCAGGUAACUGAAGCUCUCACUUAGCAGUGCCCCUUCAUUGGCAGCUGAAUGACUUGUCCUGAAGGAGAGCCAUAAUGGAUUUGAAACAUUAAAUUUGGCUCUUCCCCCACAGAUGCUGCCAGACCUGCUGAGUUUGUCUAGCACUUUGUUUUUAUUUCCAAUUUCCAGUAUCCACAGUAUUUCACUUUUAUCUGUCCUUCCCAAGCUCCGAAAAAAGUACAACAAAUCUGCUCCGUACUCUUCCCAGGCAGCUGAACCUUGCUUUUCACAAAAACUCAAUCUACUGCACAUAAAUGGUUUAAAUAAAACCCAUCAACAAGCAAGGGGAGUAGAUGCAUAUUUGGCCGAGGAGGAACAGAGCCCUGUCCGUGUAAAAAUUCUGUUUUGCAUUGGUUUGUAUCAUGUUCUGCAUUAGCUGAUUGCUAACAGCCUUAAAACACUACAUCCAGGAGACUGCGUUUGUGAAUCAAAAGAUAUGCUUACUUUAAUUCUGCUUGUGACAUGCUUUAUCAAAACGAAAUGCUUCACAUACAAUGAAUUGUUUUGAAGUGUUGUGACUGUUAAUGCGGUUCAGUGUAACACGAGCAUUGUUUGUAUGGCCUUGUUUAAAUGUACUUGUGAGAAUGACACGCCACCAGGCACAGGCCAGGGCUGAAUGGUUUGGCCUGUGUUUACCAUCUGACAUCUUGAAACUCUAGAGCAUGUUGUAUGAAAGUGGUCGUUUGCCUUUUCUCUCUCUAAGGAGCAAAUCUCCGCUUGCAUUCCAGUGCUUUUGUUGAGGGUUGAAAGAAGUGCUUGAUGGGGCAAAGCAAUUGGUAAGAUCUCAGUUGCUGUUUGUGUGACAUCAGCCAGCGAAGAGCUGUGUGUCGUCUUGCUCUGGAACUCGUGACAUUCUAGUAACACCGUGCAGGGAGUCACUGCGAAUAACGUACCAGGAACUCGUUCUGCAUUCCACUUUAGUAGGCAGUGGUUACAGAGUUUGUUACUUCUAUGAUCGAGACGCAAAGUCUCUGCUGUGCUCAUCCAGUGAGAUUGGAACUUUAUGCUAAGAAAUAUAUUUGAUUGUCCGCUUUUUCAAUUCAAUUAACCUUGUUUUUGUUUGGCAUUCAUUCAAAAUGGAAUUCUGAAAUGAAGAGCAAGCUGCAAUAUAUUUACCUCCUCCUUCACCCGAACGGGGAGAGGAAGAAUGCAUUUCUGCACAUCUUAUCAAAGUAGCCUGCAGCUGGAUUCAGUAACUUGGCAUGAAUGUGGCCCCCUUCAUUUCUCGGUGUACUGGAUUUGAAGAGAGUUAAUACCCCACUGGUUCAGCAUACAGAUUGAGUUGACCACAGUUUCCAUUGCAAGCAGGGAGAAUGACAAUUGGGCAGUGACGCAAAAUCAUUAUUUCUGUCGUUUCAUAUAUGCUGGUCGGAGUUCUGUUCCACUAAUAUUUCAUCAACAAAAUGUGAUACCGACUAUGAAAGGAAACGUACACACCACACAUUACUGGUCUCUGACAGGAAACAUGCCAACGUUUUCAUCACGCAUACACACCCGCACGCACAUACAUAUCUACUUAGGUGUGCGGGCAGAUGUGUACAAGCUUAUCUGUGCACAUAUUCAUCCUCACAGGUGUAUGCAUCCAUCUCAGAAUGGAGAGAAUGACUGAGCCAUUAAAAAUAUAAAUACUCAAAUUUGUAACUCUAAUUUUUGUGAAGUGCAUUGUCCUCAAAGUGUCGACAUUGUAAGCCUGUUUGCGGACAGGAAUGCUUUAUUUUGCUCUAACAAUGCCUGAUAACCCGUUUAUUGCAUAGCAAUGCCUGUAUCACUGGUAAUUGUUAAUCUUUUUUUUUCCUGAAUGUAUGGUCUAACUGCUGUUGUAAUUGUGUCAUUGAAAUUUUAAAACUGUAAUGUAAUUUCACAAGCUAUGGACAUAAGACUAACCCUGAACCGUGUAUAAAAGUUGUGGUGGAAUAUCUCCACGAACACUCGGGAUUGCUGUAAACAAACUGCCCUUUUGGAUUUCAUAAUGUACACCAGUACAGCGACCCACCAUACAGCAUAAACCUAGCCUUCCUGCAGUUCCAUAUAGUCAGGUUACAGUACUGUCUUUAAGACUAUGUACAGGACUUGUGUUCUCUCUGCUCCCACUCGCAUCAUAGCUGCCCAAUUGGUGAUAGAUUAAAAGAGAGUUUAGCUAAGAGUUGGGAUUUCUCAGUCUUUUGUUUUUCCAGGUCUUUUCCCUGAUCAUCUCCUUCCUCCCUCUUUCUGACUGUGAGAACAUCUGUGCUCUGCAGUCCUACCAAUUACAAUCUCUAAGAGAGCCAGCACACAGUUCCUGUUCUCCAUUUUGCAUUCAGAGAUUUAUUUGAGGGAACCUGUACACAAAAGGAGAAAGGAAUAAAAGGGGUGAAAGGAGGCUGGUGUAGAGCGUAAAUCCUGGCAUAGGCCGAUUAGGCUGGAUGUGUGUAAACUCUGGUCAUACCCACCAGAAGCGAGGCUGAAUUUAAGGGUUCAUCUGCAGCCAGUUAGGAAGGAACUAAGACCAAAGUUGUGGUCCACUGGUUAGGUUCACAGUCUGCCCAUGUUCUCAAACUUUGCUGUCAGUUUUGCUGUGUUGUUGGUGAGUCACACGAUGGCAAUGUAUAUUGUGAUCCUGUGUAGUGCAUAAUGUGGCAACUGGCUUGACUGUCUCAGAUGACAGAAAGUAAUCCUGCAGCCAGUCAUUUUUUUUCCCUCUUUGAUUAGGGAGUUUUGAAGGUUGAAAGUACUUUCAUAGAACAUAGAACAAUACAGAGCAGAACAGGCCCUUUGGCCCUUGAUGUUACGCCGACCUGUGAACUAAUCUAAGCCCCUCCCUCUACACUAUCCCAUCAUUAUCCAUAUGCUUAUCCAAGGACUGUUUAAAUGCCCCUAAUGUGGCUGAGUUAACUACAUUGGCAGGCAGGGCGUUCCAUGGCCUUACCACUGAGUAAAGAACCUGCCUCUGACAUCUGUCUUAAAUCUAUCACCCCUCAAUUUGUAGCUAUGCCCCCUUGUACAAGCUGAAGUUAUUAUCCUCGGAAAAAGAUUCAAGUUUCUUACUCCAUUCUGUGGGAAAAUCCCAUAAAUUGAAAAAAGAUCUCUACUUCUCUCUGCUUUAAACUCUUUGUGAUGACUGCUGCCCAUCCUUUAGUGAGAUAGUACAGAUGAGUAGAUAAGUAACUGAUUUAUUGAAGAAAAUCAUGGCAGCCUAUGCUGAAUUGUGAUGAUGCUACAAAUAAUACAAGUCGUCAAAAUUCAUCACAAAAUAUAAAGUGAUUUAAAAGUUUACACAAUUAUUAACAUCACAGUAUUACAAUAGGUUUCAAAAUGCAGGUCUCCUUACUGAUUUAGUUAUAAAAGAUGUGCAAAAUGUGAAAUAAAUUUGGAAAUCCUGUUUAAAAAGGCAGGAUCAAUAAUCUAAACAUAAUACUCAAGGUUUUCAGCAUUUCCAGUACUAAACAUGUUUGAAAGAGAAAAAUGAUAAUUAGACAAAUGCAGGAGGAUGACAUCGGGUAUAUGGGAAAUGGCUGGGAAUGCUGUUAGCAUAUUCAAACCUUUUCAUUAUUUGCUGUAGGCAUGUUGAUUGUUCCAAACAGCCAUACUCGUGAACAAGUUGCUCCUAAUAGACCGAGAGCCUAAUGUUGAUGUGCCACAUGAUGCAAGAUUGUCUGAUGAAUGGUCUAGGCCCGAAACGUCAGCUUUUGUGCUCCUGAGAUGCUGCUGGGCCUGCUGUGUUCGUCCAGCCUCACAUUUCGUUAUCAUGCAAGAUUGUACGGUGUGUAUGUACAUAAAAACAUGAAGGCUGUGAUCUUUUGUUAUUUCCAUCUUCUUUUGUAUGCUUUGAGUCUGUGUAUUUGCAUUGAGAGGUGACCUUGUGGAAACGAUCCUACCACCACGCUGGAAGCUCUGCUUGUGGCUCAGGCUAGGAAUUGUUGGCCAUGGAAAGUGCGUUUGUGGCCAAACCAAUUCAUUGUCAUCCUGCAAAUCAUUACAAUAUACCUGAGGGCCGGAGAUAAGAGUGGGAGAGUUUUAUGGUCAAUCAUUUUGCAGAAUGCAGUGGCAAACAACUGCAGCACUUCACUCAACAGCGGGGACCAAUUCCAUGGAAGUCCAUGGCCCAUUUUUGGGAAUGAGGAUGGGAGAAAAGACAGAGCUGCUUGAAAUUAUGCAGACACAGCCUGACCCCUUGUGUGAAAGCAAAGCAUGGGGUCAGUGUGACACCUAGACUGCAUUCCACCUGCCCUGGAUGAUUUCUCAGUGAUUGAGGAAAAUUCCUUGUGAAUGCAGCGGUUUAGCCACCUUUUGAAAAUCUUAGCCUCAGUAAGAGGAAUAACUUUCUCACCACUCUGGUUCUGCAGCUACAGCCUUAGUUCUAGAUCAUUUCUCUAAUGUUGCACUUGGUGGCUAUUUUGGACUUGUUGGUCCUGAUACUAAAAUAGCAGCAAGACAUUUGACCAUGUGCACUAAUGGUACUCUGAAUUGCAUUGUAAUCUACUUGGGCUGAAAAUUGGGAAAUUUCAGCAUUUGCUGAAGCAUAUUUCUUUGAAAAAAUUCUAAUUGCUGUCAUUUUAGCCAUAUCUAUUAAAAUAUAUAUGUUCAACAGUA